CGGACUCGUUCGAUCUAGUUGUCCUGAAACUGUUGGCAGCGCUAGCCAUAGCUAGGGCGCCACUGGCACAAGUUCAACGUCACAUUGUGUUUCCUCGCUGGGAUUUCGACAAGGCGCUCUGCUUUUUAUGUUGUAGGCCCUGUGCAGUGUGGAGGUUGGAAGUUGAAGUAAUAGGCGGGUAGCUUUAUGUUCUGGCUGGCAAAGGGGUGGUGCAAGCUGAGGCGGGAGCAUUGAUUACUGAUGGUUAGUCAAUAAAGUUCACAAGGAAGAUCCACGCACUUUGUUCAGUUCACGUGUUUGGCCCACCACGUUCUUCAGGUUGACCAUGGCGCGGGCACUGCGGCAGUCGCUGCAGCUGCGCCCCAUCCUCGGAGGUUCAACCGACAGCUUUUCCGCAUCGCUUGGUGCAAAUCACUCAGCCCCCUCAGCCUGCUUCAAACAAUCACUGCUCGUCCAAUCACUCGUACACAACAUCCCGAAUCUUCCUGCUCAGAGCACUUUCUCCUCGGCUCUCGGUGCCUCGUCGGGGAGGUUGUUGUCUAGCAAACCCCCUCUUUCUCAACCCCUGAUCAGAAAAAGUGAAAGCAGUUCGAAAACGCGGGGGUGGGGUGGCAGUACCACUUCGCUGGGAGCUUUCCCAGCCGCCUCCAGCAGUGAUGAGCUGGACUAUGCCUCUGAUGAUGAGGCGCCUUCCUCCAGUGGCUUUGAGUCUGUCUGGGAUGACUCGGAGUCAGCAGCCCCUCGGCCAAAGACAGACGACUGGCGUGAUAUGCUGCAGGCCAAGGAUAGGAAAGAACUGCGUGCGUACGCACAUGCGCAGAAGGACAGUAUAGGCCUCCACCAUGUCGGAAAGUUUGGAAUCACGGCAAAUGUGGAGAUUUCCCUCAGUGAUGCGCUUGAAAAGAAUGAAUUGAUCAAGGUCAAGGUUCUCUCAAACUCUCCAGAGGAAUUGACAGAGACAGCAGCACAGUUGGAGAAGUCCCUGCGCUGUGUUUGUGCGGGACAGGUAGGGCGCGUCCUCCUGCUUUACCGGCCGAGCAAGAGAAAACUAGAGAAGAAAAAGGCGCAAGAAGCGGCUGCUGCUGCAGCUGCGAAGCGGAGUAGCUUUGGUGGGGGCAGGGGAAGAGGGGGUGCGCGGGGCGGAAGGUCAGGCCGCGGCGGACGAUCUGGAAGGUCGUCAUCAAGUCGGGAGUUGGACUUCUCAUCGUCCCAACGACGGGGUGGCAGCAGUUACGGAGACGCUGACGAUGACAGCGGGUACUACUAGAUUCAAGAGAAGGGCUUGAAAGCUUGAACCAAGUCUGCUUGAAGGAAAUCGGCAGAUGUGCGAUUAUCUGUGAGGAUUGUUCGGAAGGUGAAAGGUAGCGAAAACGCUAUGAAAGAUAGGGCUCAAACCACACGGUACACAUGGUAAAAGCAUCGAAAGCAGUCGGAUGUGAUCAGACACCUUGCAGGCCACGGGAGGCCCUUGGAAUCGCGUAUUUACUACGGAAGACUAGGAAACUUCUCUAAGAAGCAACUGUAAUGAACCUACCCAACCGUCCAUGCUUAAUGGUAGGAGGUCGGAUAAGAGGAACGCUUGAUGCAGUCUCUCGAAUCCCCUGCAAGCUUGAGCAAGCUCAGUAUCCACCGAAGUCAUUGUAUGCAGAUGCAUAUUGUCAGUGCCG